CACAUAACCCCCCCCCCCCUUCGCUGUUGCGCGCCCCGCCUCUCCUCGAACAGACGUUGGUGGGAGCCGGACCGGAGAGGGGAAAGCAGGGGGUGAAGAGUUCUCCAACCUGCCCAUUCUCGGCCCUCACUGUCGGCCUGUCUCUCCAGAUACCAGAUAGGACUUAAUCCUUCCUCCUAACCCAACACACAGAAACACACAGGGACCCUCUCUCAAACCCUUUGACUCCACACCACUCGCUCCGCCCCACAAUCAAGCUUGGGGCAGAAUCUCCCCUCCCUCUUCCAGACCUGUUGGAAGGCCGGAAUGUAUCCAGCCCCCCGUCCGUCCUCACCUCCAAGCCCAGAGACGGUUCUCCAGGGGUGGGGAGGAUCCUGCCGAGGCUCUGAACAAUGAGGUCCUACAGCAAGCAGAGGGCAGCCAUUGAACGGGAAUAUGGACAGGCACUCCAGAAACUGGCUGGGCCAUUCCUGAAGAGGGAAGGUCACCGGAGUGGGGAGAUGGACAGCAGACCUUCUCUGGGGAGAGGCAGGAUGGUGUUUGGUGCCUGGCGCUGCCUGCUGGAUGCCACCGUGGCUGGGGGCCAAGCCCGGCUUCAGGCAUCCGACCGAUACCGUGACCUGGCAGGGGGCACAGGGCGGAGUGCCAAGGAGCAGGUGCUCAGGAAGGGAGCAGAGAACCUCCAGAGGGCGCAAGCUGAGGUGCUGCAGUCUAUCCGGGAGCUGAGCCGAAGUCGGAAGCUGUAUGGCCAGCGAGAACGUGUGUGGGCCUUGGCACAGGAGAAGGCGGCUGAUGUCCAGGCUAGACUGAACCGAAGUGACCACGGGCUCUUUCACACUCGGACCAGUCUCCAGAAACUCAGCACCAAGCUGUCUGCCCAGUCAGCCCAGUACUCCCAGCAGCUGAGAGCAGCCCGCAAUGAGUACCUGCUCAACUUGGUGGCCACCAAUGCCCACCUUGACCACUACUACCAGGAGGAAUUGCCAGCCCUGCUCAAGGCCCUGGUCAGUGAGCUGUUGGAACACUUGAGGGACCCCCUGACCUUGCUAAGCCGCACUGAGCUGGAAGCUGCAGAGAUGGCCCUGGAGCAUGCCCGCCGUGGAGGGCAGGCAACCUCCCAGGUAAGCUGGGAGCAGGAUCUGAAGCUCUUUCUUCAGGAGCCUGGAGUAUUUUCUCCCACACCACCUCAGGAGUUUCAGCCUGCAGGGGCUGAUCAGGUGUGUGCCCUGGAGCUGGAGGAGGGCGCAGGAGGCGUGGCAGGGGACCGUGGCCUGGAGAAAGAGGUUCAGCGCUGGACGAGCCGAGCUGCCCGAGACUACAAGAUCCAGAACCAUGGGCAUCGGGUGCUGCAGCGGCUGGAGCAGAGGCGACAGCAGGCUCCAGAGCGGGAGGCUCCAGGUAUAGAUCAGCGGCUACAGGAAGUGAGGGAGAGCAUCCGGCGGGCACAGGUGAGCCAGGUGAAGGGGGCUGCCCGGCUGGCCCUGCUACAAGGAGCUGGCCUCGAUGUGCAGCGCUGGCUGAAGCCCGCCAUGACCCAGGCCCAGGAUGAGGUGGAGCAGGAGCGACGGCUCAGUGAGGCCCGGCUGUCCCAGAGGGACCUCUCUCCCACGGCUGAGGAUGCUGAGCUCUCUGACUUUGAGGAAUGUGAGGAGACAGGGGAGCUCUUUGAGGAGCCUGCCCCAGCAGCCUUGGCCACUAGGCCCCUCCCCUGCCCUGCACAUGUGGUGUUCAGCUAUCAGGCAGGGCAUGAGGAUGAGCUGACUAUCACAGAGGGCGAGUGGCUGGAGGUCAUAGAAGAGGGAGAUGCUGAUGAAUGGGUCAAGGCUCGAAACCAGCACGGCGAGGCAGGCUUUGUCCCUGAACGGUAUCUCAACUUCCCGGACCUCUCCUUCCCUGAGAGUGGCCACGACAGCGACAAUCCCUCAGGGGCAGAGCCCACAGCCUUCCUGGCCCGUGCCCUAUACAGCUACACAGGACAGAGUGCAGAGGAGCUGAGCUUCCCCGAGGGGGCGCUUAUCCGCCUACUGCCCCGGGCCCAGGAUGGAGUGGAUGAUGGCUUCUGGAGGGGAGAAUUCGGGGGCCGUGUGGGGGUUUUCCCCUCCCUGCUAGUGGAGGAGCUGCUUGGCCCCCCAGGACCCCCUGAACUCUCAGACCCUGAACAGAUGCUGCCAUCCCCUUCUCCUCCUAGUUUCUCACCUCCUGUGCCCACCUCUGCCUUGGAUGGAGCCCCUGCACCUGUGCUGCCUGUGGACCAAGACCUGGACUGCCCUGGACCCCUGGACAUGAUGGUACCUCGACUCAGGCCGAUGCGUCCACCGCCUCCCCCACCAGCUAAAGCCCCGGAUCCUGGCCACCCGGAUUCUCUCACCUGAAGCCAGGAGGAUUGCUGUCCCCCCAGUGAUGCUGCUGUCCCUAUUCCUAUGAUGUCAGAGACCACCCCCUCAAUGAUCUGGAGUGACACAGCCAAAAGCUGCAGUCUCCCCCAUUUCCACUCUCACCUCCAGGGGUAGAAACUUUCCUUCUCCCCAUUUCUGGGGCUGGAACUCACUGCUUUUCCCCCAUCAUACUUCUGCUAUCUCUAGGGCUGGAACUACCCCUCUUUCUUCUGCCACUAUCCCCUCUGUAGGGUGGUGAAAUAUUCUGAAAUCUCUGGGGCUGGAACCCAUCUUCCAAAGUCUUGAGUGGCUCCAGCCCAUCUGUGUCUCCACCCUAGCUCUGUGACCCACCCUACUGGGUCUGUGACCCAUGGCCACUGGGGUUGGGGGCUGGGACAAGGGCAGGCCUGUCAAAAGGAGCUGGAGCCAGUAUGCAAAACAGCUGUAAUGGUCUGAGCGGAUUUAUUGACAGUGAAUAAAGGGCA